CCCAGUGUCGUGCCAAUUCGUGUAAACCGAUGUAAGAAGAUGGAUCGUGGAUUUAUAUAGAUACAGGAACGCAAUAGAGAAGGACAAUUUUACUGAAUUGGGAACAGUGUAUUACAAUGAUCGCGUCAAGUGGAUCCUGAUGCUGCAACCACUUGUACAUAUGACUCUGAUUGUUCUGAUGACCAAGCAUGUUGUGAGUCUGGGACUGAUCGUGUGUGCACUGCUCGCAGGAACAAUGCUCCUCCUACAGCCUGUCAUAGUGAUGAAAUUGGGUGUACAGAAGAUGGCUGGUACCUCCCAAAGCAAUGUGAUAGGGAAAACGGAGUGUGUUGGUGUGCCUCACAGUGUGGUCAUCCACAACCUAGUACCUACUCUGAUGGUGUGCUAAACUGUGUGGCAGAACUUCCCCCUUGCCGCAAAGAACUUGAUGAUCUUUCUCAAGCGGAAGGCCCCACCCCUCCAGGUUCCUUCAGACCGAGAUGCAUGGCAGACGGCUACUUCAACCAUACACAGUGCUUGGGAUCCAGCUGCUGGUGUGUGGACCAAUGCGGGAAGAAGUUUCGGGGAACAGAGCACCCUGUGUCAACAGUGAACACCAAUGAUUGUGCCUUAAAAAGAAGGUGUGGUGGUGAUCCGUGUGAUACCGCUACCUGUGAACUCUACCCACAAGCCACCUGCAGAGUGGAGGAGCAAUGCGGAGAGUGCCUUCCUGUUUUCAGUAUUGGAGACCAACGUGUCUCAUGCUUGCAAGGUUCCAGUAAGGUUGAGAAAGCAGGUCUCUGUCCUGACCCAUCAUCCAUAACGGUACGCAGGGGUAUCUUUGCAUGCAGAGAGGAUGCAGAUUGCCAUGGCAAUAAGAAAUGCUGUGGGAAUGGAGGUGGCAUGAUGUGUACUAAUCCCUUACCCAAAAUCCACGAAGGCCAGUGCCCCAGGCCCUGGUUAUUGGAAUGUGAUAGCCAUCGCAGGGCAGAUCACUGUGAGUUUGAUAGCCAGUGUCCCCAGUCAAACAAGUGCUGUGAGUCUGGUUGUGGGAAAGCAUGUAGAGAUACAUCCAACCAUGUAAAUGAAAAGUUGACCGUCGGCUACUUACUGACCAAACCGGGUCAGUGUCUCUCCGUCACCAGAAUGAACUGCUCCACAGUCUUUGAAUGCACUACUGACCAGGGAUGUGGCAGCAACUUGAAAUGCUGCAGCAACGGUUGCGGCAUGGAAUGUGUUGAGCCGAUUACUCUUGUGAAGUACGGGCAAUGCCCAAGGCCAUCAUAUGAAGCAAGUCAAUGCACCGGCAUGUCACCAGAUGAUAUGUGUAUGCACGAUAAAGAUUGUCAUAGUAACCAGAAAUGCUGCAAUGACGGCUGCCAGAACAUCUGCAUAGAACCAUGGAAGUAUGUUAAACCCGGAGAGUGUCCAGGUGAAUCAGAACAAGAUGAUCAUUCCAGGGACUGCUCCGUCGACAUGGAUUGCCCUGAUUCAAUGAAGUGUUGCCAAGAUUCAUCCACACCUCAACUAAAGUGUCUCAAUCCAAGAUUUCAAAUUGCAUUACCUCUUCAACCAGCUGGUUUCUGCUACCAAGACAGACAGCGCUAUCACCAUGGUGACGAGUGGUCACGUGACCCAUGCUCUUUGUGCCGUUGUUGGGCAGGGGUCAUAGAAUGCCUCAGGAUGACCUGUGCGACCCCUCCUGAAGGAUGUGAGGCUGUUGUCAUCCAGGGGAGAUGCUGCCCUGAUUUCAGAUGUUCAGGGGUGGAAACUGGAUUUAGUAGAUGCCCAUCUUUGACUGGUAGGAACCACUCGCAUCUUGAAGUCUGGUCAAAAGAUGAUUGUACACAGUGCAUGUGUUACGAUGGAGAAGUGACAUGCACCACCCUGUCCUGCAUUCCUAUCGCUCCUGUCAAUUCCACAAGGUUUCACAGUGUUCCGCAGCCUGGGUCAUGCUGUCCUCGCUUGGUGUAUUCUGAACUUAGAUCUGAAUCUGAUAAUCACUGUUUUGACACAAGGGGAGUCAUGCACCACACAGGUGACCGCUGGCACGAAGACCCCUGCACAGAGUGUCAUUGCCAUGACAACCGGGUGGAAUGCCUUGAUAGAAGCCACAGCUGCCCUCGGCUCCCUCACCCAUCAUGUCGUCUGCUAGAGGUCAAGGGUCAAUGCUGCCCUGAUGUUAAGUGCUCUGUGAUUGAAGGUAUGAUGGUGCUUGUAGCUUUCAUUCUGCACUGA